AUGGCGUCCUCCGAGACUACCUACAAGUUCUACAUAUUCCAUCUAGACCAACAUGAGAUUAAUGACGAUGAACAGCGUGAUCUCCCUAAAGAAGGCAACUAUUUUUUCUUCCGUUUAAACUUGCUUCAUGUCCUUAGUUCCAGAAUACCAGGCAGAGACAUAUACUUGGAAACAAUCACGGAGCGACUCAUAAUACCCCGUCACGAGUACUUGGCUCAGCCUUCAACCCUGACUUGCGACGCGCUCAUGUCCAAGUUAGGCUUGGCAAGCGAAGAGGCUAAUUACUUUGCGGCCAAGGCAACCUCUUUUGUUAGAGAGGUCACCGAGGAGGUUACCAAGAAUAGUGCAGACUCUAGAAUAGAGGCUUUCGCUAUGUACGUUCACAUUGUGGCUCCGAUCAACGACGACAUUGUCUGGGAAGAUCAAGAUGAGAUUGAGCGUGCCACAAUGGAAUCGGAGGAUGAGUUCCAGACGGUUCCGGCAACUGAGUCGUCCAUUCAGGCGUUGAAGGUCGAGAGUUCGGAAGGCAUAAGAACGACGGAAAAAUAUUGCAGUAUUUGUUUGGAAGGAUACAUGUCGAAUAUUGAUCAGAAUAGUGAUGAUGAUUCUAACAACAAGAUCGCAUGGAUGCCAUGCUCUCAUUUUUAUCACAAAGAUUGCAUCGUCCGGUGGUUACGUACCUCUCACUUGUGCCCCAUCUGCCGCUAUGCCAUGCCAACGUCACCUUGA